CUCCCUCUCGCGUUUUCCUCCCCAUCUCUCCUCCUCCUCCUCCUCCGUGUCUCCGCCGGUGGUGCCCCGGCGAGCUCUCCUCCGCCGCCUCGGCGCGCCACCUCUCCUCUCCUCGCGCCGCGGGGGAGAAGCCGAACGGGCGCCGGAGACACGGCGCGGAUUGCCUCACCCCCCUUAGUGGCCGUAUCAACUAUCACCCUUGGUGCGCGGCCUCCUCGCGCGCGCGGGAACGGCGAUCGUAUCGGGGUCGGAUCGGAUUGGAGCCACAGCCCACAGCAGAGGCACCAACACCUGAGCAGCUGAACUCAACUAAGCGGCAUGCACACCAGAGUCGGCUUGCACUCACACGCUACAACCCUGCCACUUGUACGAAUGGAAGAAUGGUUGGACCGCAGCAGGGGAUGCUCGGGCCCCCCUGUUGUGUCUGCCCCUUGAAACGGUUACGGAAACGGGGAGAAAAACUCAUCAAGUAAUUGAAGGUGGUGAAUACACUUUUACGGGGCAUUAUCAUCGUUCCUAGGUUCAGCUGCAAAAAGUUAAAGCAAAUUGCCAAAGAUGACAUCUGAAGAGAAUAAAGCUGUUGCACAUAAUGAACCACUACCCAUGGAGCAGACAUUAAGCUCUGGUGCUAAGCGUAAGCGUGGUCGUCCACGGAAGUAUGAGUACGGCAUGCAUGAAUUACCAUAUAGUGUGCAGCACAUUCAGAGCGUCCCACCUCUUCACAGCACACAAGAUAGCUCAAACAUCCGACAGGAUGGGAUACAGAUCAACCAUACAUCAGGUGGUAGCUUUGGCCCUAAUAUAGGCACAAUUCAGGCUUUGCCUACAAAGCAAGGCCCAGCUAAUAGAUCCAGUGGACCUAGAGAUUCUGUCAAUCUGGUUAAGACUUCUCUCAGCCAAGCCUCCAUUUAUACUAGUGCUCCUUUGCAAGGUAAUUCAGUCAAAGAUGAUAUUGUUGGCAAGUAUUUUGUUGGUAAGAUGUCGAAGAAAUUUCCUGGGUUUUCUCUGAUUACGGUGAAAGUGAAGGACAAUCAGGUUCUCAAAGGUUGGAUUCCAGAUGAAAAUAACCUCCGCCCAAUAACACCAAAAGAUGAUCUUGCCCCAGAUCUCCCUAUGCUUCGACCAAGUCAAGUUCGAAAGAGGCCAUCUACUGUUUACAGACAAGCUUCUGGUCCUAUUCCAGUCCCCUUGGAGGAUGUUACAUUUGCAAAGCCUCUACAGAUGAGGAGGCCUGUAGAGAAAUCCUUCACUAAGCACACGGUCCCUUCCGUUCCAAGACCUCACAUGGGUUCUGGGGUUGUUGCAGCAGUACCUAUCUCAGUUUCACCCAGUAAUGCUGAAUCAAGGAUUUUCUCCGAGCAGGGUACUGAACAUGUGAAUCCACAACCGUUAUCUGCUGUGGUACCUAUUAAAUCAGGUCAACCUGUAUUGGCAUCAUGCAAGGAAGUCGCUGGAGGGAAAACUGUCAAUGAGAUUCAAACAGUCUCUGAAUCUUCAAAGCACACUGAAGAGUCAUCAGAUCACAUUUUUUGUGUCAUUAUAGGGGAAAGGCAUCUGCUUAAUGUUCCAGUAAUGGAUGCUAUAAAGGAAUCUUUGGGUCCCAAAGAGCAGCCUAAUGCUACAAAUAGCAAGCAACAAACUUUUAUGGAACCACCGGAAAGCACAGAACAAGCUGUGCAGCUGGACACAGAGAGAGACAUUUCCAAAGGAGCUGAUGACUCAAAGUCAGAAGCCUCAGGAGGAACUGCACCUCCGGUAGAGGCUUCAACCGCAGUACAUAAUCCCCAAGAUGACAGUCAUGAAAUGAAGGUUGACAACAAAUGAAAGCAGCGCUUGAGAAAGACAAAAUGAUUCUUAAUGUUAGGUGAAAGCUUCAAAUCCAGAUUGUUUCUGCCAAGUCUUACUAUAAAUGGCUGGAUGCCAAAGGCGUAGACUCGUACUCUAGGAUAUAUACUUGUCUUUCGCUUUUAUUUGUCUUCCUUAUAAGGAUACUUGAGCUAUCUUUCAUUUUCAUUCGUCUUCCAUUUAAGGAUACUUGAACCUUUUAAUAAUGAUGUAAAGCCAUACAAAAAAGUUACUUCAUACUUGGAACAAAAAGAAAUGAGAAAAAACUUGGAAGGACUAGGCCCCAUAUAGGAAAAUGGCAUAUCUGAAUCGAAAGCAUUUGUACCAUGGCCCUUGUGAUAAUUAAGUAACAGAAGGCAAGCUGUUAUUGUCAAAAUCUAUUACAGUAUCUCAGAAACCGGAAGAUGUAUCUUUCGACUUUGCUUUUUCA